UCAUCCGGAGCACCAUAGGUUCACCAAGAAUCACUGUGCGCUCACGAGCAUCGUCAACUAGAGAUUAAUGUUUUCCACAUUUGGACAAAUUACUUGAGGGCAAUUACUUACCCUCUUCCCAUUGGACAAUCAAACCACGUGUGACCAACGCAAGCGCGGUAUCCUGUUUUACGAACAAAGUAAACACACUUUUUUCUGAAUAUAUGCUACGCAACAUGCGCAUGGAUGAACACACAACCGGAUUAUUUAACGACAGUUGUGCUUGCCCGCCAGUCUAACUGCGCCUGAAGCCGAGUGACGAAUACUUUGCCCUCUUCAAAUGUCCUUGUCAGCUACUACAAUACGCUAUUGAAUUCUCCCCCAAAAGAAGCAUUGAUCCGUGAAUUUCAUUGAUCCUUUGGAGUUUGCAUUCCACACGUGUGUAAAAUGUCAGCAGAGGAAGAGAAACUGACACAAAAACCUCCCAAUAACUCCGUCCCAGAUGGGCAACCACAAGUGGAUGUUGUGGGUAACAGACGUGUGCGGGUACGCCUUCCGGGAUGGCAAGUUAAACUGCUCUGCGUAGUUGUGGCUAUUCUCGUUGUAUUGUUGCUUGUGCUCACGGGACUUGCCAGUUACUACGGAGCUGCAUAUCAAAGGUGCGAGAAAGAUUCAUGGGAUAGCGCAUUUGAGUUUGGAGAAACUCUGGAUGAGGGCGCACGGAAACCGGCUGCAGUACGAAACGUCCGACUACCGUAUGAUGUGUUGCCACGGUUCUACAGCCUCCGGUUACAAGUCCGUCUGCACAAAGAUGACACACCAAGGUUCUGUUUCAACGGAUCGGUUGUCAUUAAAAUCUAUUGUACCAGCAGCACGGACUCGAUAUUCGUCCAUGCUUUUCAUAAUCUGAACGUGAGCUUGGAUCUCAUAAAGGUUGAAACGCUCCUAGAUGAUGACUCUGAGGGUUCCAACGUACAAAUCAAGAAGAUAACCUAUGAUAACGAUCUCCAGUGGUAUCACAUUUUGCUUCAAUCGAAGCUGGAAGCUGGACAGUUUUAUCGAGUCACAUUUGGGCAGUUUUGGUCUCCCCUACAAACCGAACUCAAGGGUUGGUACUUGAGCUCGUAUGACGAAGGAAACGUAAAAAAACAUCUGGCAACUAGUCAACUUCAACCCACUGAUGCGAGACGAGUGUUUCCGUGUUGGGACGAACCGGCGUUCAAGGCCCAAUUUCAGGUCACCCUAAUACGUAAUAAAGACUAUCAUUCUUUGUCAAACAUGGGACUUGAAAAAACAAUAUCAUUGGGCAACAAUUGGUACGCGGAUGUCUUCUAUCCAACCGUUAACACAUCAACGUACGUCCUGGCUUUCGUUGUCUCCCAGUUUGCCCCACUUUCUUCAAAGGAUUCAAGAGGGAGAAACUUCACGGUUUGGGCACGUCCGGAUGUGAUACAUAUGGCACAAUAUGCUCUGGAAACUGGAAAGAAGAUCAUUCACUUUUUCGAAAACUAUUUUGAGGUCCCUUACCCGCUGCAGAAGACAGAUAUGAUCGCCGUUCCAGACUUUGCAGCGGGAGCAAUGGAGAACUGGGGAUUGAUGAUCUAUCGAGAACCGACCAUGCUUUGGGAUCCAGAAACUGGGACCGCACACAGCCAACAAAAAGUGGCCACUGUCAUAUCCCAUGAAAUCGCCCAUCAGUGGUUCGGAAACUUGGUAACGCUGACCUGGUGGGAUGACUUAUGGCUGAACGAAGGAUUUGCCAGCUUUGCGGAUCGGUGCGGUGUUCACCACGUCCAUCCCAAAUGGGGCAUGCAAGUGGCCAGAAGUUUUCCCAUGAAGGCAACAAAGACCACAGCAACCAUUAAAAUGUUGCAGGAAGUCUUCAAUCGUUUUGGCUAUCCUGAGAAGCUCGUAUCUGAAAACGGGACACGGAUCACGUUGUUCCAAUUCGCGGACUGCUGUCUUGCCAGGGGGACUGAACACGUUAGACCGCCCCCAUAUCAUCCACAAUCAAACGGCAUGGCAGAACGACUCGUGGAUACUUUCAAAAGAGAUUUGCUUCAGGAGGAAGGGGAAGGAACCACGGGAAACAUCCUACAACAAUUCCUCUUAAUGUACCGCCUGACUCCAAAUCCUUCCACAUUGGAGGGCAAAUCGCCUGCAGAGACACUACUCUACCGACCUCCUUGA